CUUUCUUCUUCUUCUUCAUCAGUAAGUUCUUGUAGAGAGAGAGAGUUCAAGCUUCUUCUUCAAUGGCGGCAAAAGAGGGUUCUGAAAUUGAAGGAAUAGGAAUCAAUUAUGCAAUCCAUACUCAUAACAAAUCUGACUCCGGCGAACCAGACGCCGCCGGCGGUGUUCGCCAUGUUCUAAAAGACGUCCAUUUCCGUGCCAAACCAUGGGAAAUCCUCGCAAUCGUCGGCCCAAGCGGCGCCGGAAAAUCAUCUCUACUCGAGAUCCUCUCAGGUAAACUCAUCCCACAAACAUCUUCUAUCUUCAUCAAUCAAAAACCCAUCAAUAAUUCCCUUUUCAAAAAAACCUCCGGUUAUGUCACUCAAAAAGACACUCUUUUUCCACUUUUAACCGUCGAAGAAACAUUAAUGUUCACCGCCAAGCUCCGGCUAAAUCUCCCCUCCAAAGAACAUGAAUUCAGAGUCAAAUCUUUAAUUCAAGAACUGGGUUUAACCCAUGUCGCCGAUACUCGUAUCGGCGACGAAAAAAUAAGAGGAAUCUCCGGCGGAGAAAGACGGCGAGUUUCAAUCGGAGUUGAAAUCGUUCAUGAUCCAAGAAUUUUGAUUCUUGAUGAACCCACUUCUGGUCUUGAUAGUGUAUCGGCUUUACAGAUCAUUUGUUUGCUUAAAUCAAUGGCGGAAAAUAGAGGAAAGACUAUAAUUUUGAGUAUUCAUCAACCGGGUUUCAGAAUUAUAAAACUUUUCAAUUCAAUUUUAUUACUUGCAAAUGGAUCUGUUCUUCAUCAUGGUACUGUUGAUCAACUUGAUUUCAAUCUUAAACAAAUGGGUUUAAUUCAUCCUAUCAAUGUCAAUGUUGUCGAUUUCGCCAUUGAUUCUAUCGAAGCUUUUCAUCAUCAUCAUCAACCUUCCAACCCAAAAAAAAACAAUACCCUUCAACAACUUUUCAUCUAUGAAAAGGGUAUUAUCGAUUACACAACAGGGUUUACCAAUUCAAGAAUAAGAGAAACCAUAAUCCUAACUCAUCGAUUCUCAAAAAACAUAAUCAGAACAAAAGAACUAUUCGCUUGUCGGACAUUACAAAUGUUAAUUUCAGGUCUUGUUCUUGGUUCAAUCUUCUACAAUCUAAAACAAGAUAUCAAUGGAGUAGAAGAAAGAAUUGGACUUUUCGCAUUCAUUUUAACCUUCCUUCUUUCAAGUACAACCGAAGCUUUACCAAUUUUCCUACAAGAAAAGGAAAUUCUAAUGAAAGAAACAUCAAGUGGUAGUUACAGAGUAUCAUCAUAUGCCAUAGCCAACAGUCUUGUUUACUUACCAUUUCUACUAAUCCUAGCCAUACUAUUCUCCCUUCCACUUUACAUACUUGUCGGUCUUAACCAUGAAACAAUGGCAUUCUCUCAUUUCCUAAUCCUAAUAUGGCUAAUCCUUUACACAGCCAAUUCAGUUGGUGUUUGUUUUAGUGCUUUGGUUCCAAAUUUCAUAGUGGGUAACUCUGUAAUCUCUGGUGUAAUGGGUUCUUUCUUUCUGUUUUCGGGCUACUUCAUAUCGAAACAAGAGAUACCCAGUUACUGGAUUUUCAUGCAUUAUCUAUCUCUGUUUAAGUAUCCCUUUGAAGGGUUUUUGAUCAAUGAAUUUGCUGUGGGGAAAUCUGAGGAGAAGUGUUUUGGAAUGAUGUUUGGGGAAUGUAUUGUGAAUGGGGAAGAUGUGUUGAGAGAAGAAGGAUUUGGAAAUGGAGAGAAUAGGGGGAAAGAAUUAUGGAGAAAUGUGUUGAUUAUGAUUUGUUUUAGCUUGGUUUAUAGGUUUCUUGGUUAUUUGAUUCUUAGGUUUAAAUGUUCAGAGUCUUCAUUGUCUCAGCCAAGAAGAUGAAGUAGUUCUCUCUCUCCUUUUCUUGAUUUUAUUAUGUAAGUAUUAUUGUCUUUAAAUAAUUUGUAAGAUAAUUUGAUCUUUA